UGCUCGCCAUUAUAGAUAUAUGUAUAAAUCAAGUCUUGCAUGAUGAUAACAGCAAGUAAAGAGCGUUACCAUAGGUGCUAAGUCUAAAAAUAAAAUAAAACCUACAUAAAUUAUCAGUCAAUACUUAACUAACUGAAGAGUUUUUAUUCAUCGUAGGUAGUUAGGUAGGUACUAUAUUUUUUGAAUAAGUAAGUAACAUCAAUAUUUUGACAAAGUAGGUAGAUACUCUAUGUGUUUGAGAGUUGAAUAAGCCAAUAUAAAUAAUAAUAUUAUCUCGACCAAUUUAUCGUAUCUCGAGACAGGAAGAAGUAAUAAAGAUAGCUAGUACUAGAGACAUCCUCUUAGUUUAAAGUGAACGGUCUCGUAAACAUGUUUAUUGUGCUGGUGUUUGUGAUCAUUAUAUACCCUACUGUGUCCAAAACUGAUGAAAUUGCUGCGCUCAUAUUGGCUCGUGGUGGAUCCAAAGGAGUGUAUUUGAAGAACCUGCAAACAGUCGGUGGUGUUUCAUUGUUAGCGCGGACAGUGCACACUGCCAGAGCUGCUGGAUUAGUCGAUGUUACAGUUUCCACUGAUCAUCCGCUCAUUGCACUUGAAGCACUAAAAUGUGGAGCCCAUAUAUUUCACCGCAGUAGAGUAACAUCGUCAAACGUGGCUCCUUCCAUUUGGGGUUCCUUAGAAUUCUUGGACAAGAACCCAGGAGUUCGAACCUUAAUUCUGCUUCAGGCCACAUCACCAUUCACUAGAGCUUCACAAAUACGUCUUGCUGUAGAUGCGAUAAAAACUAACAGAUUUGAUUGUGUCUUCUCUGUAACAAGGACAUUUCAUCUUCGCUGGAAAGAGAAUAAAAAGUUUGUAAGUCCUAUAAACUUUGACUUACAAUUUCGGCCGAGAAGGCAAAGUUGGAGAGGAGAACUAGUUGAAACUGGAGCAUUUUAUGUUGCAAGACGUUCCCUUCUUGAAGCUGGAUAUUUUCAAAAUCAUAAUUGUACUGUUGUUGAAAUGUCCCGUUUGGAAAGUUUGGAGAUCGACUCGUAUUGGGAUCUGAAACUUGCCAAUGUUUUGUGCAACUCCAACUUGGUUUAAAAAGUAAAGUAG